AACCCUAAAUCAUCCAUUUUUUUUCAGUUUUACUUUCUAUGAUGAAUGACCUAGCUAAAAACUAAAAGCCUAAAAUCCCCUAAUUCAUAAUAACAUUAAUAAUAAUAAUAAUAAUAAGAACAGUAAUUUCUUCUGCAAAUCUUGAAUUCUUCGCGUUCUAGUGUACCCACCCCAAUUUCUGAUUGAAGAUUCAAGGGUUUGGCUUUGAAUGUUAGUCGCGGAAUGGACAAAUCUAAUUGAAUUUUGAGAAGAGUGGGAGAUAAAUGGGGGAAGAGCAACAUCCAAAGAAUGAGCAUAGAGAUGAGGAGAAACAACCUGAAUCUGGGGACAACGACAACAACAAUAAUGAUGGUAUGCUGGAUCGUACGGUGUCGAUUUUCUCUAUAGCGACGUCACCGACACCGUCACCAAAGUCGCCGUUCGGCCACACACCGCGGUGGAGCAUGAUGAGCGGAUCUCCCGGGUCGGCCCGAUUAGCCGGUCAGCUUUCGUUCCCCGACCACCCCUUGCCCUCGCCGGACGCCUCGCCGCUGCAAUCGCCGUCGCGCCGAAGCGGAGACCUCCCGCCGGGCUACGAUCCGAAGCGAAUUCCCUCCUCGAUCUUCUCCAGAAAAUCCGGGGCGGGCGAGAAUUGGAGCGGCGCCUCUAAUGAAUCGUUGUUUAGUAUCCAUGUCGACAAUGGGAGCUUUACGAAUGUGGGGGAGCUUAGUGAGAGAAAGAGCCUCUCCGCCGCCCUUUCUCCUCUUGCGGCAGCAGCGGAUUGCGAUGCGAAGGAUGUGAAAAUGUCGGAUGUGUCUCAGGUGAAAGGGCUGGUUGAAACUCCAAAGCCACCAAGUUCGGGAAACGCCACUCCCAGUUCUCAGGCCCUUUCUCCGUCUCCCACAAACUCCAACGCUCCUCAGAUUGCUACUUUCCAGUCCCCCCGCAUGUCUACUGGCAGUGUAAACAGUUGCCAGUCCUUUGCUUUCCCUGUAUUGGUGAAGGAUGUUAGUAGGAAUCCAGGGGCUCAACCCCAACCGGAACCACAAUCUCAACCUGAAACACAGCCGCCGCAGCCGGAGAGGGAGGCUACACCGCCGGAAACUCCAAAAGAAACGUCUAAAGCAGCAGAGCCGAGUUGCUUUACAUACUUCUGUUGUUGUUGGCCACGCUGCUGUUGAUGUAUAUAGGCUUUUUUUUUUCUUUAUUAUUUGUGAAAUAUUGUUUAUAAGUUGUGCAGUAUGUUCUCUUGAUUGUUAAUGGUGGCUAGAAAAGUUUAGGGCUUUGUAAACUAUUGCAAUGUUUUCUUUAGGAAAUGUAAUAUCUAC